CACCUUGAACUUGAUUUAAAAUUCAGUAAGAAGCCAGUGGAGAGAGCAGAUGACAGUAAAAAGUCCCAGAAGUGGGAUGAAAUGAAUAUCCUAGCUACGUACCAUCCAGCAGGCAAGGACUAUGGUUUAAUGAAAAUAGAUGAACCAAGCACUCCCUACCAUAGUAUGGUAGGAGAGGAUGAUGAAGAUGCAGUGAGUGAUUCAGAAUUGAAUGAACCCAUAACAGCAGAUGUGUUAGCUAAAAAGUUAGCAGUGGCAGCUGAAGGUAAAGGACCCAGGAUUCUAGCUCAAGAAGUGUACAGCGAGGAUGAGGAUGAUGAUGAAGAGUUAACACCUGAAGAACGGGAAAAAAGGAAGCAGUUUGAAAUGAAGAGAAAAAUGCACUACAAUGAAGGACGAAAUAUUAAAUUGGCAAGGCAGCUAAUGGCAAAAGAACUACAUGGUGAGGCGGAAGAUGAGGAUGAUGAAGAUGAGGAGAUGCAUGAUGCUGUAGAAGUAGAAAACAUGAAUACAGAAACCCCUGAACCUGGGGAAAGGACGACUCCAGUAGGCAUCUUUGCGGCCUUUCUGCAUGGCUUCAAGAUAGCACCACCUUUCUGCUCCCUGCUAUAGAGCAGGGAGGCGGCUCCGCUCCCCAGCUGCAUUCUCCCAGGGAAAGAAGAGCACACCUUUGCAGCAUUUUUACAUCUCUGCUGUUUGACGUCACUUCAUUCUGCUUCAUAGUCCGACUUCUGAGCUGCACCCGCACAUACUACUAGUGACCAGCUGGAGAACAGAGUGCACAGCGUGGAAGAGAUUUGUCCAGAACUGUAACUGCUUGUCAAAGAUAAAAACUUAUCCAGUGCUACAUGGUUUUGCGACUCUUAAGUAUUGAGAAGCAUAUCAGUUAUAGUGAUGUAUUGCCAAGAAUGUUAAUAACUUUAGAGACUCCUAUAUUAGGCAGAAAAGCUGCCUAACCUGGUUAUUCUUGUGCCUAGAAUUUCAUGGAGAGUACGGCUUCAUAAUCCACCCAGCCAGAAAGGCAUUCCCUGUAUAUACGAGACACAUUAACUUGCAUAGCAUAUUGUCACACUAAUGCUUUAAAACAUACAAAAAAACAGUAUCUUUGGGUUUGUUGAUUAUUUAUUUGACACUGUUCUAGAUGUGGUAUUUCUUGUAGUAGAAGGGUUUUGGAAUUAAAGAGCCAAACAGAAUAGCAAACAGGUUGAUGCUACUAUCAGGUAAAUUUAGCAGUUGAAAAAGGGAUUAUUUUAGUAGUGUAACUUGUAAAUUUUUUCUGACAUGAUAGAUGUCAGUAUGUCAUGAUUCCUAUUUUCUCAAUCUUUAUAAGAGAAGAACGGUAUUAUUUUUGUGGUUUAAAAAUAAAUCUGUUUGGAUUUGGUUACUAGUUCCUGACUGAGACACCACUGACACCUGGUGGGAUAUUUAUACAUUAGAGAUGUGCAGACCUAAAGUUCACAUCGAAUUGUGAUAAUCUCUUCCCUUGGGGAUGGAUUGCUUUGGGAACUUCCCUUAACUUUUAAGAUCUGAACAAAUAAGUUUCUCCCAUUUUUUUCCACUUCAGGCCCCCCCAUCCAUCACUUUCAGCUGAUUCCCUUAAGACCUACCUUAGAAUCCUUUGCACCUUCUGACUUGCUGUGAUAUGAACUCAUGCUGCUAGCAUCUGAGGAUAAGUAGUUGUCUGAGCAAAUCUACUUCAGUGCUGAGGAGAGUGAAUGGCAUAGCUCUGUAUCAUGCCGGCCUUCUCCUCUGGCCAGGUGUAAUCCGUGUAUUGAAAACCACUCGUAUAGAAGUUUUCUGGUCCAGUAUAAUGUGCAGCAACUGCAUUUGUAAGAUGAAAGCUAUUUGGAAGACUAAAAGGGAGAUUGCAUCUAAUGUAUAAUUUAUGUGCUGUUAACAGUGUGGUUCUGUAGCUGCGAUGGAGGAGAGCACUGAACCUGCAGAUGACUAAACCUCCCUCUCAAAAGAUCUUAACUAUGGUGUGAAUGUAACAGUGUUCAGGAUAGCACUUGGUUUUAUUCUGCAAAUGAAUUACACUUUAAGCUGGGGUUUGGUCAUGGAAUAUUUUGUAUUCAAUUAUGUCUGUUUCUCUUAAAUUUGAACUACAUUUGAAUGGUUGCAUAAGUCUUAUAAUUAUGCGGUCCUAUUUUAAAAUGACUUCCUGUCCACUGUAUUUGUGAAGUCUGAAUAAAAUAAUGAAGAAGUUAUUUUACAAUUAUUUUGAACUCAUGUGUGAGCUUUUUGAAACACCAGAAUGCCAUGUUUGUCCCUGGAAGAAUAAUGUCACAGAGUGUUUCAGGAGACAGUCUUUUGCCAGAAGUGUGGGGGUGAGCCGCACCAGUUAGUGUGUGGAUUCCUCAGUCUUUGGUUAGUUUCCCAUUUUGUAGAUAGAGGUGUUUCCAGGACUUGUAGUAUUUAGAGUUUCUUAGUCGCAGGUCCUGGAUUUGUGUGAUUAGCGGGAAUCUCAACUUCAUUGAUUAAUUAAAAAAAAAAAGUCUGACCCUCAAGAUUGUGGAGUAAAAACUUGUAAUGUGAAUUCUAAAGACUUAAACAUCAAAAGGAAAACAUGAUCUCAUAAUUUUGGUGGAGGCCUGAUUUUAUUUCUGACUAAAAUUCUUUUAUCCAUUAAUUGGAAGGAGAGAUUGUACAAUGCAUCUCUUUUUGCUUGAUUAUAUGAAAAAUAAGUGCUUUAUUUCCUGCUAUUUUUCCAGUCAAGAUGUUAGAAUUGCAAAAAUAUUGAUUGAAACUUGAUUCUGGUCACUUUUGGCUGUGUCCUGAAAGAUGCUGGGCUCCCAUGAGAGGUGAGGCAAUUAAUGGGAGCUGACAUCCAUUGGCUUGAUUAAUUACUGGAGCUGUAGUGUACAUAGCACUCAAGGAUUAGACCCUGUCUGGUUUUCUUGACAGAGAAAGAGAAAAUAGGAGUUGCUACACAUCUGUACCUGUCUGAAGGAUGGCAUUCUCUUCCUCCUCUUUCCUCCCCCUGCCAAAACAGGAGCCAGCAUGUGUGUAUUGGAGUUCUUUGCUGUGCUUGUCUUACAUUUUCAAAUUUAUUUUGCUGGUUUGUUAAAUACUCAGGGCUGCUCUUUGGAUGGGUUGACAUUACUUACAAAUAAACUGUCCAGUUACAAGGCAAGAGCUAAACAUCUGCCGAAUGGUGUUGACCCACUCCAUCGCAGUAAAGCUCCAGUUUCAAUCUUGCAUGUGCUGUCACUCAGUGCCAAACAUAGCAAUUUCUGUAGACUAACUUGGGUCAAAGAGCGAGCAGUUUAACCCACUUGGAUCUCUUUUUGCCACCUCCUUUCCUCUUUUAAUUUGUACAUAAUCUGAUUUACAGCCAGUGCUCCAAGGAGGUGCUGCUGUUAGUAUCCCUAGUGCUACCUGGGAAGGAUUUUAUUUAUGUAAAGACACUGUUGUUUUUCAGUAAAUGAAGAUAGAUUUUAAAAAGAAUGUUUUGAAUUGCAAAUCACAAAACACCAAGUUAGGUUGAGCUGUACGACAUGGACGAAGGAGUCGUCUCAAGUUCAUGGAGAACCUCUAGCUUCCAUCAACUAUGAGCAAUUUGUUGUUUUUGAGUCCAUUGGCCCUGCAUCCUAUGCGUGAUCUUCCUGAUACCUCGUUAGAGAUGCAUUAAAUACAACUGGACUAUAAAUAUCUUUUUCUUAAGCGGGUUUUAAUUGGUAAAGAAAAUACAAGAUAGAGGAUCAUCUUUAGCCCUUGUCAGCACUAUAACAAUAUUAUUGUGUGCAUCUUUGUUAUUUAUUGAUGGUGGUUGGUUCAUUUAUUUUGCUUUUGGCAUAACAUGAUGCACGUUAAAAGUCGUUUCAAUAUGGAAGCUGGGAUUAGUUCACUUUGUCCUCACCACUACCUCUAGACAUUCUAAAGUUAGAUAUGUUUGUUUCAAAGCUUGGGAUUAUUACAGUGCAGUAUAUAGUUUUUAAAAAAAACUGUACAAGGUGCCACCUGUACUUUGUAAGUGUGCCAUAUUGAAAAAUAGUCCAUCUUUUGGGGAAAAGGAGAGGAACAGGAAUAAAAGUCUCUGGCUCAUCUAGUAGGAAGAAGGUAGUAAGAUUGCUUAUGGGCUUGUAAUAGCAUGAUGGUUAUCAGAUGCUGAGUACUGAAUGUGAUGUAUAAAAAUGGAGGUAGACUGCUACCACUGUUUCCUUAGAAAUUUGGGAAUUGAGUUCCUAAGAAUCUGUUCUGCAAACUGUGCAUGGUAAGUUUUUUACUACAUUUGUCUCUUAAGCCUUUUGUUUGUAAAAUGAAUACAAGAUGAUGUUGCUUACUGGAGAAAUAAGUUUUGGUAAAUAAAGUUUAUAUUAUACUCUCA